CUCUCCUUCUGCUUUGGUUGGGCUUCGUCGUCCCCAGCGAUGGUGCCAAUUUUUUUGCACAGGAACAAGUCGUGGGCAGGGCAGGGCAGGGCUGGAAGAGAGUGCUUGCUUGCUCUGGGUUGACUAAUACACUGAGGGUUCAUUGCGAAGGUCUUGCUUAAUGCAUCGAAGGCGACAGAUGCGUGGUCAGGUUGUGAGGUGUUGAUUGUGGCUCUUCUUCCUUUGUUUUUCUAGCGUUAGUUAGACCUCAGCAGGUAGAGUUUUGCAUCGUUGAGGUUUCAACGACAGGAAUAAUGUUAAGCUCCGGGGAGACGGCUGCCCUUCUGGCCGUCCUUGGGGACGAGCAAUCUUUCGAUAGUCAUGUAUCGGCUUUUACCAUCACAUUUAAGCGCCAUCAGCACUUUAAGGCCUGUUGUUGCCUAAUCCUGCUCCUCGAGGAUCGGCGGCUUUUGAAGCAGACUCAACGCCUUGUAGCCUUUUACAUUUUGGUUGAGGUCUAUCGUGGCGAGCAGCCAUGCACCAACCCUUUCCUGUCGUUUCUUAUUGAUGCAGCCACCAAUGAGGCAGCAGAUAUGGUGGAACGUGCAUUUCUACAGUUGCUUCUGCAGUCUCUCAAUAGCAACAGCAAUGAACUUUCGACUGAAUCAGCUAGUGAUUUCAUCUCAACAUUCGACCCCUCAGCUCAUAAUCUUCUAAACGCUGAGACAUUGAAAUCAGGAUAUGCCGACAAGCUUCCACCCGAGCCCCGUAUGAGCAGUUUCAAGAAGGCAUCGAUUAGUAACACAAUUCCUGAUCCAGAUGUCCCGCCGGGCUAUGACCUUGAUUCUUCUGAACACGGUGUGCCAGGAGGUGUGGCACAGCUCGGGGCCGGGAACAGAGAAGCUGCGGCUGCUGCCUUGGUACAGGCUUCCUCGCUGAACGGGCUGGAGCCACCUUGGGUGCGCCCUGCCCCACCAAGGCUUCCUCCCCAGCACGGAGAGAUGAUUUGGCAAGUUCCAGAUACCCAACAUGAACUUCUGUGGGAUUAUGGAAUGUGUGCCGAUACCAGUCGAGGUGCUGCUAUUCGAGAGCAAAUUAACCGGGCUUUGAAAGGUGCUUUGGCGCCUGCGCAACUGAAGAAAGUCGUAAUGGAGCUAGAAGCUGAUCCCAAACUUGUGUUCCACUGUGGGUUGACCCCACGAAGAUUACCUGAACUUGUAGAUCAUAACCCCUUCAUCGCUGUUGCAGUUUUGCUAAAGCUGAUGAAUUCAAACCAGAUUACUGAUUAUUUUAAAAUGCUGGUCAAUAUGGAUAUUAGUCUUCAUUCAAUGGAAGUAGUGAACCGCCUAACAACAACUGUGGAUCUUCCCACUGAGUUUGUUCAUAUGUACAUCUCCAAUUGUAUAUCAUCAUGUGAAAAUAUCAAGGACAAGUACAUGCAAAACCGUCUGGUUCGACUGGUGUGUGUCUUUUUGCAAAGCUUGAUUCGAAACAAGAUAAUCAAUGUGCAAGACUUAUUUAUAGAGGUUCAGGCAUUUUGCAUCAACUUUUCACAAAUACGUGAGGCUGCCACCCUUUUCCGACUUCUGAAGACACUGGAAUCCUGACAGUAGAUCUCGCGCUCUCUCGCCACCUAUGCUGAACUCUUACGACCGAGGAGCAUCCCCAGCAUUGUGUAUAGUAUUAGGAUUCGUAAUGCCAGAAUUCUUGAGGAUCCGCAUUCAACAUAUUUCUCUCUAAUUGCUUCUCCUCGAACUCGAAUUAUUUUUUCUACUGCCCUGCAGGGAUCAGCACCCCUCUGUUCAGUUUAUGUUUCAUUUAGUAGAGUACCGUACUGCAACCAUGUAAUGCUUGAUGACUACUCGGUCUGCUUAGAGCAGGAACUGAAGUGUAGGUCGUGUGACAAUCUAGAAUCUUCAUUGGCAACGCCUUGAAUACACUUAUGCUCUUUAAAAUUAUAUUAUUGAUGCUGGCCAGAUUGUCCAGUGUUACACUUGGCUUGUUUA